GCUUAUUCACAUUACUUGUUGUAAUCGCAUUGUUUCACUGGACAAAAGAAUAAUAAUGUCAGCAGCUAACGGCCAUCACUUCAAUCCUCUUCAGCAGGCACUCAACAAUUCUCCUGGAGGUGGCAGAUUCGGUGGACCAACAAAAUGCAUCCCGAAGGUUGCUUCAGUACUGAACCAGAACCCCGGGAAGUUGAAUCAAGAUUACUACAAGGAGAGGAUUAGAAAGAGGCUGUGUGAUGUUAAGCUGGAAGUGUCGCCGUCUGCGUAUGAUACGGCGUGGGUGGCAAUGGUACCGGGGCUGGGAGAAUACUCCGGCAGGCCUCGUUUCCAGAAGUGCCUUGAAUGGGUAAUGGAAAACCAGAAUGGGGACGGCUCAUGGGGACUCACUCCAGGUCACCCCUCCCUCGUUAAGGAUUCACUUUCAUGCACUUUGGCAUGCAUCCUCGCCCUCCAUAAAUGGAACCUCGGCCACCGACUUCUCGAAAGAGGUUUGGAUUAUAUUGGAUCAAAUUCUUGGGCUGCCUCUUCUGCUGAUCAGUUAUCUCCCAUUGGAUUCAAUAUAGUGUUUCCUGCCAUGGUUGACCGUGCUAUCAAAUUGGAUUUAACUCUUCCAUUAAAGCCCACAUUGAUCGAUUCACUCCUUCACGCUCGAGAUUCAGAAAUUAGGUUUGUUUUCUGA